AUGCAAAUGCAAGAUGAACUACAAAUCAUCAAGGGCAGGCGCACAAAGCGUCAAAGGUGUCCAUCCCCGCUUAGGUUAACCAUGUCAACAUGUUCCUCCGCAGGAAGAAGCAGCACCGACAAUUCCGCAAGUUUUGAUCUCCCAACAACCUCAAAUGAAUUAAGGAACGAAGAGGAUGAGGACUUGGCCAAUUGUUUGAUUCUCUUGGCUCAAGGCCAUACCCAUCCAAAACCCUCACACAACAAGGAAUCAGGGCUAUAUGUUUAUGAGUGCAAGACUUGUAACCGAUGCUUCCCUUCGUUUCAAGCCCUUGGUGGCCACAGAGCCAGCCACAAGAAAAUUUCCAAGGCAAAUGCAGAAGAAAAGCAAGGAGUAGUUACUACUUUUGUGGAUAAUAAUAGUAAUAAUAAUCAUGAAGAUUAUUGUGUUCCCACGAGCACCACCCUCACCUUACAAUUGUCAACGGUUUUGUAUAAUAGCAGCAACAGCACUAGGAGUAGCACUAUUAAUGCUAAAUCUAAGGUUCAUGAGUGUUCCAUAUGUGGGGCAGAGUUCUCAUCUGGGCAAGCCUUGGGGGGGCACAUGAGAAGGCAUAGAAAUUUUCUGAGCGCACCUACGAGUGGGGCAAUUGCAUAUGGUGGUGAUGGAGGCCGUGAAAUCCCAGAAACUAAGAAACACAGAGAUGUUCUGAACUUGGACUUGAAUCUUCCGGCACCUGAGGAUGAUCAUCACAUAGAAUCCAAGUUGUUUCCUUUUCAGUCCAAAGAAAAAGUCAUUAUCUUCUCCCCAACUUCUUUGGUGGAUUGCCAUUACUAA